UGGCAAUUUAAUCAAUCUCUUUUGUAUUUUCCUUUCAACGGAAGCGGUCGCACUUUUCCCAUAUACUCCUGGAAACGAGCAAGUAUAUCAAUAUGUCCGACUACGGCGAAUGUCCAUACGAGGCCGGCUAUGUGAAUUCAGAGGCGCAACAGCUGCAGGACCAAAACCAGCAUCAAGCAGAAGAUGCCGUUUGGGAGGAAAACGAUCCGAAUGAAUUUAACGAACCGGUGCCGGUUAACGAGUGGCCCGAAAUAAAGAUCUUUGGUCGCUGGAGCUGCGAUGACAUUACCAUCAGUGACAUAUCAUUGCAAGACUAUAUCGCUGUCAAGGAGAAAUUUGCACGCUAUCUGCCGCACUCGGCCGGACGUUAUGCGGCCAAACGUUUUCGCAAGGCCCAGUGCCCCAUUGUGGAGCGCUUGACCUGUGGCCUGAUGAUGAAGGGUCGCAGCAAUGGCAAGAAACUGCUUGCCUGUCGCAUCGUGAAGCAUGCAUUCGAAAUAAUCCAUUUGCUGACCUCCGAGAAUCCCCUGCAGGUAACGGUUAAUGCGAUUGUCAAUGCCGGACCGCGCGAGGACUCCACACGCAUUGGUCGCGCUGGAACUGUGCGUCGCCAGGCCGUGGACGUUUCGCCAUUGCGUCGUGUCAAUCAGGCUAUUUGGCUGAUUUGCACUGGAGCUCGUGAGGCCGCUUUUCGCAACAUUAAGACUAUAGCCGAGUGUCUGGCCGAUGAGAUGAUUAACGCCGCUAAGGGCUCAUCCAAUUCGUAUGCUAUCAAGAAGAAGGAUGAGCUUGAACGUGUGGCCAAGUCGAAUCGUUAAAUUUUAAUUUAAUAUUAUUUAAAACAUAAUGAAAAAAACCUAAUUUUAAAAUAAACAAAAA